CCACGCGCUGCAGGAGGACGAGGGGAAAGGCCGGGGCUGGAGCCGCAGCAGGUCCCUCUACCCCCCCCCCCCGCUUGGGAGCAGCUCUCCCGAGGGGGCUCUUUUUCCUCCCAGCACUUGCUCCUUGAGACCCUUUUUGAACAGCAAGGCCUGAGAUUGCACCCCGGAGGAGCUUCUGCGUGCAAAGCAGCGGCUUCACUUCUGAGCGGUGCCUCCCCCAGCCCAGUUGAGGAGCCAGAGGCUUCGCUUUCUCUUGGGCCUCUGCCCACAGUUUUGCAAUUAUUAUGAUUAUUUCUUGUUGACACAGCCAGGCAGGUGUUAUUGACUGGUUGGUUUUAUCCAGACACCGAGUCCUUCCCAAGGACCUGGGAGGGCUGGAUUUCAUGAUCAAUAUUGUUGUUAUAGAUAUCAUCGCAAAAUAUAGGCUGUUCCCAGUAAGGUUGCUUUUUGUAACUGGCUGGUGGCGAUUUCUGUGGCCCCUCUGGUGUUGAGGUGCUCUUCAAGGUCUUUUGGAAUUGCACCCAGGGCGCCAGUUACUAGUGGGAUUCUUUGGGUCUUCUUCUGUCACAGCCUUUCAAUUUGAAUUUGUAGAUCUUUGUAUUUGGUGAUUUUUUCUCUUUCUUUUUCUGCUAUCCCCUGGUAUUGCUGUAUCGAUUAUUUUAACUUGUUUUUCUUUCUUCUCGACUACAGUGAUAUCUGGUGUAUUGUGUGGCAGAUGUUUGUCUGUUUGUAGUCGGAAGUCCCAUGAUAUUUUUGCCCUAACCCUAACCCCCACCACUCUCUCUACAUUCUCCAGGCCUGUGCAAGUGGCACUAGAGAGACAGAACCCCCCCCCUCCUCCUCCGAAGGGCUGUGCUCACACCAGGGCACACUGUUUGGGAAGCUGACCCCUGACCCCCUCAGCCUCCACUCUCACCUUCCCAAAUUCAGUCAGGCCAUGAUGGACGGGCUUCUCGUCCGCUGUGUCUACCAGCCAGUUAUCAGCCCUGCCGAGGAAGAAGCACAGGGACCACGUGGAUGCAGGAGAUCCUGACCUUUAUCUACAGCAAGGGGGACCCUGGGCCAGCCAAGACUAUCCCCAACUGGGUCCGGAUUCCCUGGUUGGAGCACCACUACUUCAAACAAACACUCCAGCAAACCAGCAAACCUCGCCUCUUCACCACCCAUCUGCCCCAGCAGACGUUGGCAGCUGCUCUGAGGAAAUCGAAGCCCAAGGUGAUUUAUGUGGCCAGAAACCCCAAAGACGUGGCUGUGUCCUUCUACCACUUCCACAAGAUGGCCAACUUUCUUCCUGACCCUGGUUCUUUUGAUGACUUUCUCCAUCACUUCUUGGAUGGCAGUGUCCACUUUGGCUCCUGGUUCCAGCACAUCAAAAGCUGGCUGAGCUGCCAGGCAGAGCUGGGCCUCUUCUGCAUCACCUACGAAGAGCUGCACCAGGACCUCAAGGGCUGCGUGGAGCGGCUGAGCGCCUUCCUGGGCUGCCCUCUGCAGCCGGACCAGAUUGCCUCCAUCUGCCAGCACUGCAGCUUUGCCUCCAUGAGUGAGAAUACCACGGCACACCUUGCACUCAUUCCGCGGGAGAUCAUGGAUCCAAGCAAAGGCAGCUUCAUGAGGAAAGGGAUCAUCGGAGACUGGAAGAACCACUUCUCCUUGCGGCAGGACACGCACUUCAACCAGACAUACCAGCAGGAGAUGGACCACUGCGACCUGGGCUUCACGUGGCGGGGGCUGGACUGACAAGUGCGUGUCCGAAGCCCCGGCAAGCUCUGGGCACCACCACAUGCCUUGAGCACCCAGCCCUGCAGGCAGAGGUGGGUGUGCCUGGCCAGCUGGCUGCAGGACGGAGACUUCCUGAGCAACACUUUCUUCACAGUGACUGUGUGCCCUUCCAGAAUCAGGCCCAUGGCCCCUCUGGCCAGGAAUUCUCUCCCCACACCACAAUGAGCUCACAGCAAGCCCGUCUGGAGUCCCUAUAUGGUUCCCUGCUGCAGAGUCCAAGGUGGGCUUCAGAGCCAAGGAAAUCAGCUGCCUGUCUCACCCUGUUCUCCUCUGGUGGGGGGCGGGGGGGGCGGCUGAGCACCAUUUGGAUGGGAGGCUGCUAGGGCAACCCUCUCCUGGAUAUUCUGCACUCUUUAAUCAAGAGCUGGCACACCCGGGACACCAACAAAUGUUUUCAGAUAUUCCCAGACAUGCUUAUCUGGGUGGCCACUGCUGAAAACCAAAUCCUGGACUCCACAUGCUCUGCUGUCAUCCGGUAGGACCGGAGUCAUUCCACCCCCAGAGAUGGCUUUUGCUUGGCAUUCAGACACCAGCCCAAACUCAGACCGCCUGAGCAGCACCAUCUUGUGCGUAUCUCGAACACUGCAAGACUCCCAGGAGCAAAGCGGACUUUGAAUAGCCAAGUUCCAGAAGGAAAGCUCAAGCAAGUUUGUGCUACAAGUUAUGCUGGAAGCUGGGUAGCGUUUCUGCGGAGGGGGGGGGGCGGAGCUGGUGGAUGGUUUAACUAUGCCAAUAAAUCCAUGUCCCCCCACCCCCCUGCUUGCCAGGA